UACGGAUUCUUUUGGAGGGGGAGAGUUGUAGAGAGAGAGCGAGAGGGGGAAAGAGAUGGCGGGGAAGAUGUACGGAACCUUGUUGUCGUGGAUGUGGAUGUGGAUGUGGAUGUGGAUGUGUUUUCUGGUAGUGGUACCAUUGGCGUCAUCAUCAAGAGAAGUUUUGAGUUCCAAGGAAUGCGAGAAUCUGGGGUUUUCUGGUCUCGCUCUCUGCUCCGACUGCAAUACCUUCGCCGAGUAUGUCAAAGACCAAGUGUUAGUAUCUGAUUGUUUGAAGUGUUGCACAGAGGAUUCUGAUGAUUCCAUGAGCAAGAUUACCUAUUCCGGUGCAAUACUGGAGGUGUGCAUGAGGAAACUGGUUUUCUAUCCCGAAGUUGUUGGUUUUAUUGAAGAAGAGAAGGAUAAAUUCCCUUCUGUCAAAGUCCAGUACCUAUUCAAUUCUCCCCCAAAAUUGAUCAUGUUGGAUGAUGAUGGCCAACACAAGGAAACCAUAAGGAUUGACAAUUGGAAACGUGAACAUAUACUGCAAUUCCUGAGAGAGAAGGUCAAGCCUGCUUCAUCAGCAAUCUAACCAGGCAGUUCAGCAAAUAACCAAUUUGGUCGCCUCCUCCUGCAUCUUAAUUAUGAAGAAAUAGACAGUAAAAAUGAACAUCCAUUAUCAUUUUCUUUUCUUUUUCAUCCAAAAAUUGGUAAGCCAGGGCUUUCAAGAACAAACACAUAUGCCUUCUGAGAACUUUUAACAUAUCUAUACUUAGAUUUUUUGAGAGCUUUCAAGAACAAACUUAUAUGCUUUUUGAGAUCUUUAAUAUAUCUGUGGUUAGAUUUUUUUGA